CCCUAGAAGUUUCCCUUAUAAAAAUGUAUCUGCCUUCUAGAGUUCUUGCCAUGCAGUCAAAUACACGUAGGCUUUUUGUGUUUUGCAAAAAUUAGGUUAACAGGCGUGCUGGUGCGCACGUUCUCUUUGCUCGUGUUCCGUCAUGAGGGUAGUUCUGUGCUAGUAGGGAUACACACUUGCCUGGGCUGCUUUCUGGAAAUGCCUUCGCGUCAUGCCCAGUGUUCAUUCGCAGGAUCCUCUUUGUUUGGGUUGAUGGUGAUGGUUCCCAAGGGACAGAACGAUCACCCACAUGAGAGCCACCUGCGCGGGUGGACUGCCAUAGCAUGAUAUUCCUGAUGUCACUGACACCUUCUGGGAGAACUGGGCUCAAAAACAACCUGUGCUACUCUCUGAGGGUGUCUGGUCACAUAGUGUCGACUGCCUUUCUCUCCCUCAGGUGAAGAAGGGACUUUUCCCAGCCGUGCUUUUCUCUGCACGUCCGUGGGUCAUCCGGGGUCCACAGCCACCGGGGUGUUAGUAAGGGCUACUUCAUGGGGUGGCAGCUCCUGCCUGAAUUGCCCCCCAGCACCCAUGAGCUGGUGUCUGCGCCAGGCACCUUCCUCCCAGGGUGUUGCCUGAUGCCAUGUGCAGCUUCGGGCAUUGGAUGGAGCUGUGGUGUCGUGUGGCAGGGUGGACACCAUCCAGCCCGUAAUGGUGUGUCAUUACUUCAGUCUCAUUUCUCAUGGUGACUGUGCUCGUGUGUGUUCUCCAGAAGGGAUGACAAGGCUGUCUCUGGAGGUGUCGGGGACACAUGCAGCCUGGCUGUGCUGUGCUGCUGCCCCUCGCUGCAGCUCAGUCCAGCUGUCCGAGCACCACAUGGGUGUGGGACUCCUCUGCCUGGCCUGGUGCAAGUGGCUCCCGUACUGGAACAUUGAAAACAACCUUGACAACAAAGGUGGCUGGUGCGCUAGAGUUGUGUGUGGUCACCAGCCAGGCAGCUGACACCCUCCUUUGUCCCCAGCAGUGGAGACACAGCUCCGUGUGUCAUCACUGGAGGAAGCUGCGAAGGGUUUCCUCUCCCCAUUUCUUUCAGGGGCAGGUUGUAGGCCCCUGGUGUGACUCGGGCUUUCCUAGAGACAGAGCUGCACAUCAUGUGCUCUGCUCGCAGAAAGCCUCUCGACAGCCUUCGCCGCCCCUCCCUGCAGUCCCAGCGAGGCACUGCCCACUGCUCUCGGCCAGAGGCACCUCCCUGCAGCCCAGUUGUGACGCUCUCCAGACGGUGCCAGGGUCUCCCGGGUUGAGAGCCCUGCCCACAGUGAGAUCACGGAUCCCCGGGCCCUGUCACUCGCCUCUUUAUCGAGCAUCAGGCAGCACCUGGCUCUCCAUCCUGAGUCUGCACUUACAUCACAGCUGAAGGGAGGGACAGCAAGGCACUUCUUUCCGUGACUGCGUGUUUCCCCACAGCCCCACAAGGUGUGGUGAGUGCUCCUGUUCACAGACUGGCACGAUGCUCCUGGUGGCUGCUCCCAGGGCCCCGUGUGCUGGAGCCUCAUGCCUGGACGGCUGCACCCGCCCCCACCUUGGGCAGCAGGAGGCUCCUGGACACAUUGGUGCUCCCCAUGCAGGCUGCCUUGGUCUUACCCGGAACACAGUUUCACGCGUGUCACUCUCCAGGAGACCCAGAGUUGCUGUCUCAGGGCACACCUCUUGGGCAGGGGCCAGUGUGCAGUGACCUGAGCCUCCUGGUGGCCUGGGGACACCUGAGGUGUCCUAGCUUGUCAAGGGGCAUUCCCCCCUCCAGAAGAGCUCUGGUUUACCCUGGCGACCUCCACCUUCCAUUGUAUUGGUACAAGCCAUUACAUCGUAUUUUUCACAAGUCUUCCAGUGGAAACGUUAAAGGUUCAGUGUCUGGAAAGGGCAUUUUAAAGCAGGAUUUUGUGUAAACAAACUACACGUUGAAACCUGAGAAGACACACAAAAUCAUGCCACCCAGGAUUUUAAUUCCAUGCCUGAACAUUUUCUGAGAGCUGCCUGAGACAGGCCAGAACUUUGCUUGUCACUUGGCCUAGCUCCUUAUUUCCGAUUAAAGUUUCCCUGGUGGCUCUGGGUGGUCCAUGACUGGAAUUUAACCUGUGCAGCUGAUAAAUGUGUGACAGUGCUGUAGCUGUGGAAAGAAGCCGGCGAAUGGAAUUUCCUCGGCACCAGUUGGGCCCCUCUGACAAAAGACCACAGGCAGGGGUGCAAGUCCGAGCUGUGAGGAGCAUGGAGCUAGGGGCUGCACCUCAUCUCAUCACUGCUCACGGUGACUCUGUCCCUGGGUUAAUGUGCUGGCUGCCAGGUGUCUCCACUGCCGAGUGACUGUUUUUCUGUUUGAAAUUUAUCAGUAAUUUGUAGGGAGGUAAUUUGAGAUUAUGUAAAUAAACUGUUCCUCUUUCAAAUUUG